UUGACAGUCAAGGUGCAUCCUUCUGCUUGAAUUUGAUUGUCACGAAUGGGGCAUCCGUUCGCAUGGUGUGAACAACAUUUCUUUAAAUAUUUCUGCUGGAUACUUUCGAAUCUUGAUAAUAAGUUAAGUAACAUGAAUAUGAGGCUUCUAUUUGUCUAAUUUGACUUAAAACAAAAACUGAGCAAUGAUCGAGAUAAAUGUCGUAUAUUAUCCGCGUGUUCCAUACACGUUCUGUCUGUUAAAUCGUUCUGUUACCAUGCUCUUCAGCGAUUAAUUAUGGAAAAACGAAAUUCCAGUAAUAAAGAGGACCGUCAGGCCUCGCAGUAUUUUGUCGCAAAACAGAAUACCAUUCUGAAGCGUAUGUCCAGCGAAUGCGACAAGAAUGUCAAUACGUUGCGUCUCGGCAUGCUGGUGGAAGCUAUCGAAGAUUUGGGUGACAGCGCGCUCAAAGUACGCGUGAUUGAUACAACAGGAUCUGAAAUUUGGCAUGGCACCGAAUGGCAAUGUCACAAAUUCGAUCUAAUUCCCGUUACGCCAGAAGUAUGGAAAUUUCUACCUGCUAUUUCAGUGCCUCAAGAGAAGGUUCGCUUGGCAAAUUACAAACACCUGUGCGAAGAACUCCUGAGUUUAGGAGUGAAUGACACUGUCUGGUAUUGCGUUGAUCCCCUGGGAUGCACCAAAUAUUUAGCUAUUAUUAAAUACAUUGGACCUGUGCCACAACUCGGACAAGGAUAUUAUUUUGGCCUUGACUUGUUGGAUAGCGAUGAACCAUCUAAGACAGCUUUACUAAGUAAAGAGUACUUUGUUUGUACUCAUUCUGAGGGAAGAUUCGCUACACUGAGUAACAUUUUCCCUUUAAAACCUGGAGGUCCUACAGGUCUUGCAAAAUCAGAUAAAAAUUUUUGCGUGAAAAGUGAAGCAAGCAAUAAUUGUACAAAUGAGAAGAAAAAGUCUGUAUUAGAUACAAUACCACCUGUCCUAUUGGAAAGAUUUAGUCUGUAUGAUGAUAAUAAAAACAAUAAUAGAGAUCAAAAGUCUACAUCAAAAGAAUACCAUCAGUCAAUAAAAUCAGCAACACAUGAAAAUGACAGCAAUGUAACUAAAAGUGCCGUCACCCAUGGUAACAGCAAAAAUAUAAAAAUAAAUUUUACAUUUGCUCAGUUUAAUGCCCGAUAGGAUAUCUUGCUAACUUUUCUAUGAAUCUCACAUAGUAUGCUUGCCUUUGCCUACCAUGUCUAGUAGAGGGAGUUAAGAAUAACUGAGGUGGUUAAAAAUAACCACAAUCUUAGUCUCGGUAGCACACCUGAAAAGAACGAAAAUAAAAAAUUUGGACGAACAGAAAAUUUAGAUUUAAUUGUGGGUUCAAAUGUGAAGGUACUUUUGGAUUCUGAUGUACACUAUGGAGUUAUUCGUUGGAUUGGAACUCCUUCUGGUAUUACGUCUGGUAAAUUAAUGGCAGCUGUGGAAUUGGAUGAUAGUUACCCAUCUGGUACCGAUGGGACAUACAAAGAUGUAAGAUAUUUCCAUUGUCUGCCUUACAGAGCCAUUUUCACGGAUCUUGAUCAAUGUUCACGAUAUGAUACCAUGGCAAAAAUUGAUAAUCCAACAACAUCAGUAAAUACAGAUAAUUUCGGAAAUAUGGAAAGCUCUGUUAUCGUCGGUAUGGUACGACCCAUUUCCGUAAAAGGAAAUUUAGAAAGUAUUUGUGGAAAAUAUCGGGGGAUCCAAGGUCAUCAUAAUUCAUGUUAUUUAGAUGCUACUCUUUUCAGCAUGUUUACAUUUACUAGUGUUUUUGAUAAUCUUUUAUUUAGACCACCGAAUGAAAAGGAUUGUCCACAAUAUGAAGAAGUACAAAGAGUAUUACGCGAAGAAAUUGUAAAUCCACUUAGAAAAAAUAUGUUUGUAAGAGCAGAUCGAGUAAUGAAACUCCGGACUUUACUUGAAAAGCUAUCAUCUGUAUCCGGGCUUACUAGUGAAGAAAAAGAUCCUGAAGAAUUUUUAACAUCACUGGUUGCCCAAAUUUUGAAUGCUGAACCAUUUCUUAAAUUAAGUUCUGGCCAAGAUGCAUAUCAUUAUCAACUUUUUGUUGAAAAAGAUGAUCACUUAAAUCUUCCAACUGUUCAACAAUUAUUAGAACAGAGUUUUCUUACAAGUAAUAUAAGAUUGAAAGAAGUUCCUUCAUGUCUUAUUAUACAAAUGCCACGAUUUGGAAAAUCGUUCAAGAUGUAUCAGAAAAUUCAACCUACAUUGUUACUUGAUGUAACAGAUAUAAUCGAGGAUUCUCCAAGACAAUGUACUGUUUGUGGAAAAUUAGCGGAAUACGAAUGUAAACAGUGCUAUGGACAAUGUGGCGUUGGACUCGAAAGCAUUGCUUUCUGUUUGCAAUGUUUAGAAAAGGUGCAUCGACAUGAACGAAGAACAAAUCACGAACCAAAGAAACUUAUAGUACCAAUGGAGUUUGCUAUUUUACAAGAACAUUGUCCGGUUCCACGAUUGUAUCUGGAAUUAUCAGCAGUUGUUUGCAUUGAAACCUCUCAUUAUGUAUGUUUCGUAAAAUGUGGUUCUGGUUCGGAAGCACCAUGGUGUUUCUUUGAUUCUAUGGCUGAUAGGAAAGGGGAACAAAACGGUUACAAUAUACCGGAAAUGGUUCCGUGUCCAGAUUUCCCAUAUUGGCUAAGUGAAGAAGGUGGAAAUUAUCUAACUGAACUAACAGAUGAUCGUCAUUUACCGGAGCAUGCAAAACGACUGUUAUGCGAUGCAUAUAUGUGCAUGUAUCAAUCUCCUGAUGUUAUGAUGUACAAAUAAGUUAAAUUGCCUGAUAAUUUAGGUAAGUUAGGUUUAAAGUUACUAUUCAAUGAAAAUAGGCAUGAUGUUUGUGCUUGUUGCUUUAUUUAUUUCAUGUUAUAUUAUAAAGAUUUCGUGUCACUAAGAAUGAGAGAUAAAGAAAAUAUCAAUGCAUGACUGAAUUAUGUAUCGAUUCAUAACGUUUAUUUAAAUGCAGACAGAGAAACAUGUAAUCUUAAGGAAACUAAGGUUAUACAUAUAUAUUAUAGAAAUCAUUUGAAAAUCACUGUUUUUAAUCAAAAACUAGUAAUCUAACUCGAAUAUAGUGCUGUUUUUUAAAUUCACAAGAUAUAUGUAUACAUGUAUAUAUUUAUUAGUGACGUAAAAUUAAAUUUUCCACGCUAUAUGAAAGUUAUAGUAAAAUCUACUAUACUAUUUAUACAUAUUGCACGAUCUGAUAAUUAGUUUCAUAGCAGUAAAUUCAAAAUAUUGAAUUAAAAACUUUAUAAUUCACAAAACUGGAUAUUUGUAUAUCAAUACAUACACUAAGAUCGUGUAUAUUUAUUAAAAAUAAUAUAUGAAACAUAAACAAUUUUAUAUAGAAAGCUUAUUUAAGACAUUAAGAAUAUCAUAGAUUGAUUUUUAUAGCAAAGAGCAUAAACAGUUAUUAAAUUUUUUAUAACUUAAAAAUAUAAUGACUAGGAUUCGAAAGUUAAUGUUGCACUUUUAGAUCUACUGUUGCUCUAAUUUUUUACUUCUAUUUUAUAAUAUCAAAUUAGAUUUAUUUUAAUUUCCUUAUUACUAUCAUCACAAUAAUUACAAUGUUUUAACAGAGCAACUUAGUACAACACCAAUUAUCGUCACAAUAAUUCUGAAAAAUUCUAACAACGUCAAUUUAAACGGAACUUAGCACAACAUCAAUUUAAAAUCCACUAAGUUUGUUGCUUUUUUAUAUAAAUGAUAAUAAGAAUUUUUCUAAUAUUAUGAAUUUGAACAUUUCACAUAGAAAGAAAAUCUAGUUUUUAGGCUUAUAAAAAUUUGAUUACUAGUAGAUUUAUAUGUUUAAAAUAUCUUGGAUAAUAACGUAUAUAUAAAAAUUAUAAAUUCAUAUAGAAAAUAAUAUGAUUCUAAGUUCUUACAGUAUUGUUCUUCUGUUUGAUUCUUUGUUGAUUAAAUUACGUUUCAAUAUAAAAGAGAAAUUGAGAAACAAAAUAAUUAAAUUCUCCAUUGAGUCUGAAAUAAAUGUCAUUGUAAGUGAAAAUAAAUGAAAUAAUUGUAAAAUUCAAAAUAUAUGACUGUACAUAAUAAUAAGUUAUGUACAGUAGUGCCGCGUAUUAACCAUAGCGAAUUAUAUUUGGUUAAUUUUCAAGAGAAAUAUAGCUCUAGAAAACUAUUCUCUAUUGAAUGUGAAUGGGAUAUGGAUAUCUGAUACUUUUGUUUAUUUUAAUUAUGUAACGUCAGAGUUUCACGAAGCGGUAGUGGCGGUUAGUUGGACGUAACACUACUGUAAAAAAAGAAAUUUAAUGUUCAUUUAUGUCCCUGUAUGGCAGAACUAAUAAAGAUAAGUGAUAAAGUUUGUAAACAUGUAUUAUGAAUUUAGUAUCUGUCUUCAUCUUCAUCCAUGGCAAAGUCACUGCCAACACCAGAAUCUAACACGUAGAGAGGACUUAUUGCUCUGCAUGGGAAAAACACAAUGCGUUUCAACUUCUUGUUAUAGAAGAAAUAAUUAAAAGACCAUAAGCAUCCAUCUUCUCCAAAUGGAUCAGAUGCAAAGUCUGGAUUGUAACUAAAAUAUCACAUUCAUUUAAUGAUAUUUCAUGAUCAAUGGCAGCCCAAAGUGCCGUUCGAAGAGUACGAUAAUGAUCUCCUGCGGUUGCACUCAAAUUACUGUCUACAGCAUUCAUGACCCAUUGCAAGCUUGGUUCUUUACUGAAUUCGUGACUCUUAGCAUCAGAGAAAUCAUAAUCUGGAUGAAAAGCUGAAUUCAAAGUGGCAAUCAAAUAGAACAAUGUUUUUCUACUGAUUGUAUCGCACAGUGGACCAUCUUCAUCACCAGAAACACUGCGGCUAAAAUACCCUUGAGCAGGCGAUGUUCCUAAAGAUGUUUGUGGUGGUGAUAAAGCUUGAAGAUCAUGCGGAGUAAAACCUUGUUCUGCAUUGAAACGUUUGUACAAUUGUUUAUCAUUUCCAGCCAUUUUGCAAGAGUAGCUCUCUAUUCUGCCUAUUAUUUUGCUGUCUCCAGUCUUGAUGGACAAGGCACUGUUUAUAGCUUCGAAACGUGUACUCUCGAGCAAUUUCAUCUUGUCAGCAAGCAGCAGUUUCUCUUUAUUUAGUGUAACAACGUCUCCGUAUUGGAUAUCCUUGGUGCAUCUCCCAGUGGAACACUCUUGUCAUUAAUACUCCAUUACAUAGGAGUUGAUGACCUUUUAUGUGUCUUUUCGACUAAACUUGACCUCGUUUCUCAGUCAAACGGCCAAGGUGUUCAAUAUAAUCGAAAAUUUAAAAAGUUUCUCGAACAUCGAAGACUUAUUGAGUCUUUGUGCAUUUUUCUUAUGUAUAUAAAAAUUCCUUUCCUUUUUGAGUGUACGAAAUUAAUCGUGGACGUAAUGAUUUUCUUCGCGGCGCCGAACUUGUACAUCACAGAUCUCUAGUUAAAAAUAUCGAGAUGAAUUUACCGUCCGUAAAAAUGUAAGAGUCCGAUUUCAGCAAUCGGUUCUCAGAUUGAACUUGAAGCGCUGCCUUCUUGUCGCUGGCGCGAAUGACGUGCACAAGCUAAAGAGAAGGAAAGCAAUAUAAAAGGACAAGCGAGACUACCCUUGAGAAACAAAAGGCGCCGCGUUCCUCUUUUUUUUCUUCUCUUUUCUUCUCUUCUCUUGUUUUCAGAUCGAAAAACUCGCGCUGAACGAAAAAUCGCCACAAGAGUUACGGGAAAGCAAUCAAUCAGAUCCGUUUAUUAGAGGUCAGCUAAACAAAGUGACUAAGAACUUUUGCACAUUCGCUACUGACGAAAACAAUCCAUAAUUACAGACAUUGUUGUCACUAUCACUUGAAUUAUCACGGCCACUAUGAAAUAAUAUCACUGUAGAAUUGAUCCAACUUCGACGAUUAAAGAUCGACAAACUUCAACCCUUCUCCACUGUUUCGCACCGUUUACCAAUUUGCGUCUCGAUAUUAGUACACCUAUGCAACGAGUAUAUGCGUCCUACGUGACAGAAAUAGCACAGCGAAGCGUCUUGAACUUUCCUCUCUCUCUCUGACUCUGUUUCCGUCUCAUUUGCUCUUUUUACACCGCUGUUCCUCGCUCUACCCCUUGCCCACAUAUGUUUUUUUAGUGGGGAUGUGUACAUGAAUUUUGUUCAGCCAAUCGAAAUCCACCGAUAAGAAUGUGUAUGUUAGAACGCAAUGCAACGAGUCGCGUACUGGCUUUGAUUGUGUGCACGAUUACGUACACGAUUCAAUUCUGGUCCGCGGGUCCGCGUAACGUUCGGUUUCGACUCUAACCUUGCAGAAUGGUGACAGGAAUUCGAAUUCAUUGGUAAAAUGUCAAAACGUUGGGGUAGCGACUAUGUCGUUACGGAACACCGUGAUUUACAGUCGCAGAUGCUUUGCGGUGAAACAACUCGACGACAGUGUCGACAUAUUAAAAAAAUUUCAAAGACAAAGUAAAUAUGAAGUUGGCUCUGCAGAAUGGAACCCCACAAGUAUAAAUUGUCAUCUUUGCGCCGUAUCGAGCAAUACACGCAUUGAAAUAUUGUCUCUCACUGGGAAUGGUAAUUACGAUUUACAAACAACAAAUAGCCUGAAAGCGCAUACAAGAGUUGUCAGUGAUUUAAACUGGCAUCCCAAAGAACCUGACAUCAUUGCUUCUUGCAGUAUUGAUACAUUUAUACAUAUAUGGGACAUAAGAGAUCAAAGAAGGCCAUGUCUAUCUUUGUCUGCAGUUGGUAAAUACACUGAUUACGAAAUUUUGCAAAAUAAAAUAGUUUGCAAGCAUUUAAAGAUGAACGCAAUUGAAUGUGUUAUAGCUGGUUCUUCUCAAGUAAGAUGGAAUACUCUUUCUCCCAACAUGUUGGCUACAGCUCAUGAUGGAGAUAUUAAAAUAUGGGAUCAAAGAAAAGGAAACAGUCCUAUGCAGUAUAUAGCUGCUCAUCUAACAAAAAUACAUGGUUUAGAUUGGUGUCCGUUUCAACAAAAUCAAUUGGCAACAUCUAGUCAAGAUUGUACAGUGAAAAUCUUUGAUAUCAGUAAUCCACGAAGAGCUGAAAGCAUUUUAACAACGAACUCACCAGUAUGGAGGGCGAGAUAUACGUUGUAUCCACAGCCAUUUGGAGAAGGAUUAGUAACAAUAGUAGUACCGCAAUUACGACGAGGAGAAAAUAGUUUAUUAUUAUGGAACACAACAAACCUCAGUGCUCCUAUCUAUACUUUUGUAGGACAUACUGAUGUUGUUCUUGAAUUUCAGUGGAGACACCAAAAAUUAGGAACAUUACAAUCCGUCCAACAGUUACAACUUAGUGAUACUCAAACUGAUCGUGAAAUGAAUUGUUUAACAACAAAAGUAGAUGAACCUAUAUUAAAUUCUGAAACAGAUGCAUAUAUCGAAAGUAAUAAAGAAAUAUCGUCUCCUACACAACCAAAGACUUUACAGCAAGAAUUUUCUUUAAUAAAUAUGAAUAUACCAAAUAUAGAGGUCAACGCAAUGGAUGCUGUAGAACGCAGUUGUACCGUAACAGCAUCCAAUAAAAGUUAUAAUGUGAUAUUAAAAGUAAAUUUCCCUGCAAACUAUCCUUACAGUGCACAACCUACAUUCCAGUUCUGUCCUGGAACAACAAUCGACAGUGCAACAUUAGCAAAGCUGUUAAAAGUUUUAAAACAAACUGCUCAACAACGUGUUAAAAAGAACAGAUCGUGUUUAGAACCGUGUCUUAGACAAUUGAUUACAACAUUGGAACAAACAUGUAAAAAUGACGAAAAUGAAAGUAAUCAUUUAGGAUACGAUAUUCAAGACAAUGCGAAUUUCUUAAGUUCCUCUAAUAUGUAUACAAAUUAUCAAGAUGCUUACAUACCGUUUCCUAGAACAUCUGGUGCUAAAUUUUGUUGCGUAGGUAUACUCGUAUGUUUUGGUCGUGCUUCAUAUACGAGAAGAUCGUCUAUGAAACCAGAAUGUACAACACCCAGAGCACUUUCUGCAUUAGGAAACGGAAUAGGCAACGGAGAACAUUUUAUGCAUAUGUAUCCAAAUUCUUAUGUUCGAUCGAAUGACAACAUUCCUAUAAGUUCCUUUUAUUUUCAAGAUCGAAAAAUAAAUCGUGGAUUACAUAAUACAAAUAGAAUGACCCAUAGAUCAUGUUGUAAAAACUAUCACUUUAUGGUAAUGAUAUACGAUGCCUCUUCAUUGUUUUUCGUCAACAAAGAACUUGCAGAAAAAUAUGUUAUCAACAUCACCGACAUUCCGGCAAUGUGUCAAUACAAUGCAAAUGUAGCUGCAUCAUUAGAACGUCCUGAUUUAGUUCAGGCGUGGUGUUUAGCCGCUCUUGUGAUAUCACAACCAGUUUCAAAUAUUGGACAAAAUUGUCAAUCACCUGAGAUUGAUGCCCCGUGGCCUUUACAUCCUUUCGGUCAAAACUUAAUUCAUUCCUUAAUACAGCAUUAUGCUAACCAGUCAGAUAUUCAAAUGGCAGGUAUGCUGAGUUGUGCAUUUAGUUAUCGUUCUGAAAAUCCUGACGUUGCGCAAACACGACUAAAUAACAAGUCCAUUAAUGUUAGUCCUGGUGGUUCUCCAUACCACACGAUUCAUUUAGCUGAUACCACAUUAGAAGGAUGGAACUUCCAAAAUUUGAAGCAACAUCGAUCCAACUCGUGGUCUGAUUCGCUCGACGAUUUAAAAUUAACUCAAGAUACGUCAGGAGAUUCCAUAAAAAAUAUUAGGUUACUGGAUGAAAAAUAUACUACUCUCUACGAUGGUUAUAAAAAAGCGUAUGCCGAAGUGCUACAUAGGUGGCGAUUAUUAGAUGCACGUGCACAAGUAUUAAAGCACGUAAGCACAACUCCAUUAGACACACACAAAGGCGUCGAAUUUCAAAGCGAAUGUCAAUUAUGUGGUAAAGUUAGUAGAGGACCUCAAUGUAUAAGUUGUAAACGAUUAGCAUUGGAAUGUGUAAUUUGUCAUAUCUCUGUCAGAGGUCCAAGCAAUUUUUGUAUAUUUUGUGGGCAUGGAGGACACACGCAACAUUUAGCGACGUGGUUUACUAAUAAAACAUUAUGCCCUACAGGUUGUGGAUGUUAUUGUCUACAGGAAAGUUCUGCCCUCUUAAAGUUGUAAAUAAAAGAUAAAAGAAAGUUGUACAUAUGAAGACAUGUAAAGAAUGUUACGAGAAGAUAAUAAAUAUGUUUUUCUUUAAAAACUUUUACAAUUUUUACGCUUCUCUAUUAUUAUCGUUCAUUGAAUUCAUUUCUUUUUGAGAUGAAGUUGUUCCAAGAAAUAUUUCUUCCAAUUCUUUCAUCUCAACUACAAAAAAAAAUGAACAUUUGCAAAAUAUAUGUAUAUUAUACAUUUAUAUUAUAUAUUAAAAUAUACCAGCAUUGAGAUGAAUUUUUUCACGAGCAAGAAAUGCUUCUUUAGCAGAUCUCUCUGCCUCUUCUUUUUCUCGUAACACUUCUUCCAUUGUGGCAUAUUUUCUUCGUUUAAUGAAAUCAUAAAUCACUCCAGAAAUUAAGCAGGACCAUCUCACUAACUAAUGGUGUAAAUUAUGCCAUAAAAUAUAAAACGUUGUAAUCUUUACUUCAAAUCAUUACCUUUAUUAAAGGACUAACUUCUAGCGGAAGUGGAGAAAUUUUUUUCUCUGCCAUUUUAUACAAAUUAUACAAAACUUAUCAUACAAGAUAGUUUUAUUUAGAAACAACAAUUAUUUUUAACAAUUUUAUAAAUUACAAUAAUAUACAGUCUCUUCCGUAAUGUUUCGAUACAACUUAUUUAAAUAAAAACAUUAGAAAAUUGAGAUUAAAAUCAAUAAAUGUAUAACUAUGAAGAUCAAUAGUUGACGAUUUAAACCAAAACACGGUUGCUGUGAUGCUUUUAUUAUAUUCGUCAUAGAAAAAGAAGUACAUAAAAGUUUCUGAAUUUAAGUAAUAACUAGUAUCGGUAAUAAUCAGCUUUAUAAGGUCCUUCUCUAGGUACAUCAAGAUAUUUCGCUUGUUCCUCUGUUAAUUUCGUCAAUUUUACACCAAGAUGACUUAAAUGCAACGCAGCGACUUCUUCAUCCAACUUCUUCGGCAACAUAUGAACUCCGAUUGGAUAAAACCCAGGUUUGGUCCACAAUUCUAUUUGCGCUAAUACUUGAUUUGUGAACGAGUUGCUCAUUACAAAACUGGAAUGUCCUGUGGCGCAUCCAAGAUUAACCAAUCGACCUUCUGCGAGAAGAAUAAUGUGCCUGCCGUUUUUCAAUUGAUAUCGGUCUACUUGUGGUUUAAUGUUCACUUUUUCAACAGUGUUUUUCUCAAGCCAUGCAACGUCAAUUUCGCAGUCGAAAUGACCAAUGUUGCAAACUAUAGCAUCUUCCGGCAUAUUUAUAAAAUGGUCACCCACUAUGAUGUCUUUACAACCGGUAGUGGUAACAUAAAUUUGUCCUUUGAUUGACGCUUCUUCCAUCGUUGUUACCUCGUAUCCUUCCAUGGCAGCUUGUAACGCGUUAAUAGGAUCAAUUUCUGUGAUUAUCACACGUCCACCAAGUGCCCUGAGACUUUGAGCACAACCUUUGCCAACAUCUCCGUAUCCAGCGACCACGCAAACUUUUCCAGCAAUCAUGAUAUCCGUCGCUCGUUUGAUACCAUCGAUUAACGAUUCUCUACAUCCAUAAAGAUUGUCGAACUUACUCUAUUCGACAAUAAGUCGUUUACAUUUAUAGCAGGAACUUUCAAAGUGCCUUCUUUCAUCAUGCGAUAUAGAUUGUGAACUCCGGUUGUUGUCUCCUCGGAAAGACCUCGGCAUUCCUUCAAAUAUUCCGGAAAUUUGGUGUGUACUAAGUUGGUCAAAUCGCCACCAUCGUCAAGAAUCAUAUUCAAUGGUUUCCCAUCUUUAAAUACGAGAGUCUGCUCUAUACACCAGAGAUAUUCUUCGUCGGUUUCGCCCUUCCAAGCGUACACGGGAACCCCCGUUUUUGCAAUAGCUGCUGCUGCAUGAUCUUGCGUGCUGAAUAUAUUACACGAGGACCAUUGAACCUAUCGGCCCCGAGUUCAACGAGAGUUUCAAUGAGAACGGCAGUCUGAACUGUCAUGUGUAAGCAGCCAGCAAUUCGUGCACCAUUCAAAACUUUUUCUGGGCCAUAUUUCUUUCUUAUGGCCAUGAGACCAGGCAUCUCAUGCUCCGCCAAAUUAAUUUCCUUUCGUCCCCAUUCCGCCAGCGACAAGUCGGCAACUUUAAAAGGAGGUUUAAAAGACAUUUUUGUUCGAAGAGAAACAAUUGUUACACAGAAAUAAGUUAUUUUAUCAAAUUUUUAAUUUGAAUUAUGAAACAAUGUAAAAUCUAGUAAACGAACACUCCACCGGCAAGUUGCGGAAAAAACUACUCGCAAGGAACGUGUGUUAUUUUAUCAAAUUCCG